AGGUUUUCACGACGGCAUGGUGGAGGCGGGCAAGUCGCUGUCGUCGGCGGUGGAGGGCGUGUUCGACAUCGUCAAGAAGCCGUGGGAGGGCGCGCAGAGCGGCGGCCUGGGCGGCUUCUGCUCCGGCUUCGGCAAGGGCCUGGCGGGCGCCAUCGUCAAGCCGAUCUCGCAGGUCGGCCAGGCGGUGUCCGACGUGGGCUCCGGCAUCGCGGCGCAGGUGACGCCGGACACCCAGUCCAUGAAGCGCCGGCGGGACCGGCCGCGGCUGCGGCAGCCGCGCGUGCUGUACUCGGAGCUGGGCGUGGUGCGGCCCUGGAGCGCAUUCGAGGCCGAGG